GUCCCGGAUCCCAGCCCCGCCCCGCUCCGCCCCGCCCGGCUCCGCCCCGGGAGGCGGCCGCCCCGCUGCGCGCGGGCUCGGCGCGGAGACGGUGGGCGCAGCGCCGCGAGCACGCUGCGCCGCGGGAGCCUGGCCGGGUGGACAGAUCCCUCGGUCUGCACGGCUUAGGAGAGGAUGAAGGCCAACCCAGCAGCCUCCUCCCCGGAGGCCUGCAGAGCUGCAGGCCAGGGUGAGAAGGGCUGCCCUGUCUGCCAGGCCUGGGGAGGAGUCUCAGGCCUAGGGUCGGAGUCAGGGCCUGGGCCUGGGCCAGGUACUGCUUCAGGAUCUAGAGCAGAGCCUGCUACUGUUCUGGGGCCUGGUGCUAUGUCAGGACCUGGGCCGAGGCCUGGUGUGACUCUAGAACCUGCACCAGGGCUUGGUGCUGUGUCUGGACAUGGGCCAGGGCCUGGUGUGGUUCUGGAAACUGGGUCAGGGCCUGGUGUGUCUCCAGAACCUGGACCAGGGCUUGGUGCUGGGUCCAGACACGGGCCAGGGCCUGGUGUGGUUCUGAAAACUGGACCAGGGCCUGGUGUGACUCUAGAACCUGGACCAGGGCUUGGUGCUGGGUCUGGACAUGGGCCAGGACAUGGUGUGGUUCUGGAAACUGGACCAGAGCUUGGUGCUGGGUCCAGACCUGGGCCAGGGCCUGGUACUACAUCAGGACCUGGGCCGGGUCUGGGGCCUGGGGCAGGAGCUGGGUCAGUCUCUGGGCCGGUACCUAGGGCAGGAGCUGCACCAUUACCUGGACCAGGGGUAGAGCCUCGGCCCAGAAGGGGGUCUGGAACUGGGCCCAAACCCAGUGAGCCAGAGACAGCCACCACAUCAGCCCCGCAGCUAAAGACUCAGGCCACACACAUGCAGGCCCCACGGCAGAAGGUUCUGGUGACCGGAGGAGGAGGCUACCUGGGCUUUAGCCUGGGUUCCAGCCUGGCCAAGAGUGGCAGUUCUGUCCUACUGCUUGACCUCCGCAGACCGCAGUGGGAGCUGUCUCCGGGGACCGAGUUCAUCCAGGCGGAUGUCCGCGAUGAAGAAGCCCUGUACCGUGCCUUCGAAGGGGUGGACUGUGUCUUCCACGUGGCGUCCUAUGGAAUGUCCGGUGCUGAGAAGCUGCAAAAAGAGCAGAUUGAGUCUAUAAAUGUUGGAGGCACCAAACUGGUGAUCAGUGUUUGUGUCCGUCGGCGGGUCCCAAGGCUCAUCUACACCAGCACCGUCAACGUCGUUUUCGGCGGGAAGCCCAUAGAACAGGGUGAUGAGGACUCUGUGCCAUAUUUCCCACUGGAGAAGCACAUGGACCACUACUCACGAACCAAAGCCAUCGCCGACCAGUUGACCCUCAUGGCCAACGGAACACCUCUCCCAGGAGGAGGCACUCUGCGGACGUGUGUGCUCCGGCCCCCAGGGAUCUAUGGGCCCGAAGAGCAGAGGCACCUGCCCCGAGUGGCGAGCCACAUCAAGAAGAGGCUAUUCAUGUUCCGGUUCGGGGACCGCAGGACGCGGAUGAACUGGGUGCACGUGCGCAAUCUGGUGCAGGCCCACGUGCUGGCAGCCGAGGCCCUCACUGCGGCCAAGGGCUACGUGGCUAGCGGCCAGGCAUAUUACAUCAACGAUGGGGAGAGUGUCAACCUCUUUGAGUGGAUGGCCCCACUGUUUGAGAAGCUGGGAUACAGCGAGCCCUGGAUCCAGGUGCCUACCUCCUGGGUUUACCUCGCAGCUGCAGCGAUGGAGUAUUUGCACCUGGCCCUGAGGCCCAUCUGUAGCGUCCCGCCGCUGCUUACCCGGAGCGAGGUGCGCAGCGUGGCCGUGACGCACACCUUCCAGAUCGCCAAGGCCCGCGCCCAGCUUGGCUACGCGCCAGACAAAUUCCGCUUCACGGACGUCGUGGAACAGUAUGUGCGGUCCACGAGCCAGCGGCCCUGCGGCUGUACGGCGCGGACGCUCCUACGGCUGCUGCUCGGGCUGCUGCUGCUGCUCGGGCUGCUCGCCCUGGCGCUGCACCUGCUCGGCCGGCAGCGGUCCUUCGUCUGAUCUUCGUCCCUUGGCGGGAGCCGGCUACUGCCUCCGCUCCAUCCUCCGGGCUUGGCCCCGCCUCCGUAUUUUCUCCGCCCAUUUCCCCGCCCAUAUCCCCACCCUCUAGGCUUGGAUCCGCCCCCUGGGUCUUGACUCCGCCUUGGGCACGCCUCUGCUCCGCCUCUGGACUCGCCCUCAUGUACUUGCCCCGCCCACAUCCCCGCCCUCCGAGCUUGAUCCCGCCCCCUGCAUCUUGACCCCGCCCCUGUCCCGAUGUCCGCUCUUGGACCCGCCUCUGGGUCCGCCCUCAUGUCCUUGCCACGCCCACACUCCCCGCCUCCUGCGUCUUGACCCCGCCCCUGUCCUGAUGUCCGCUCUUGGACCCGCCUCUGCACCGCCUCUGGGUCCGCCUGGCCCCGCCUUCUGGGUCUGGGCCUGGCGGGGUUACUGAGCAGGUCGCCGCACAGCCUCAUCCGUCUUCCGGGCCUUCGCCCACCCUUCCCUGCCCCGAAUUCUCCCCUGCUCUGGUUUCGCCCUCUUUCUGGCCCUACCGGUAUGAUGGCGCCCUCCGCUUCGUUUCUCUUUCGGACUGGCCCUGCCCCGCCCUCUGGAUCUUGUCCCUCCACUGUCCUCGUUGUAAUUCGGCAACAGCCCCGCCCUCCUCCUCUCCGACUCCCCCGCCCCUCUCCGGGCACGCCUCCUAAGGUGAGUUCCUGGGGCCUGGCCAGAGUCUCCUUCAGCCAAGUGCAGGCCUGGCUAGCCUUAGCCUUUGCAGUUUUCCCAGUCUGAUGCUGCCUGUCUAGGGUCACCGGACCCUCCUCGCCGUUCAGGCUCCUCUGUGCUUGUCCUGAGAUCGUCUUGAAGAGACUCAUUCCAGGAGAGUUGCUUUUGAUCUGCUGCUACCUUAAUGUUUUGGGUUCACUCAGUCAUGCAUUCUCUCCCUCUGUGUUGAUAGUCAGGGUUGGAGGGACCCCUGAGACCCAGACUUCUGCCUAGCCCAUAGCCCUUUUGGAUUUCCGGCUUACUAGCCUGGGGCUGACUUAGCUUAUUAAGCACAGGCUUCUUCUGUACCAGCCAGGAUCUAAACCAAAACAAAAUUUUUAAAGGCGGUCAAAAGGCAUAAACUUCCAGUUAUAAAAUAAAUAAGCCGCGGUGAUGUAAAGGUGAGUAUCGUUAAUAAUACUGUAUUAUGUAUGUGAAAGUUGCUAGGAGAAUAGAUCUUUACAAGAAAAAAUUGUAACUAUGUCUUGAUGGCUGUUAACCAAACUUGGUCAUUUCACAACAUUGUGUGGUUCAUGUGAAAUUAAUAUUUUGUGUAAAUUAUAUCUCUAAAAAAUAGCUUUUUAAAGGACUGGACCUUUUGGAAAAGUACCAAUAUAAUUAUAAUGGGAAGAGUUAGAACUUAUUUUUGUCCUAUUUUGUAAUUUCAUAUUACAUAUUUCAUACUACAUAUUCAUAUUUCAUAAUCUUCUAUUAAUCAGGGGGCAGUGGUGAUCACCAUAAUCUUUAAUGUUUUAACCCACAAAAUUUCAUCAAGCCUUGCUCUCCACAGAAACACCCCUCCCCAUUGCCUUGAUAUUAAUUAUGAGUACCAGGAUAUCUGUGUAUAAAUGUAUCUAUGUAUGUAUCAUAAUGGGCACCUGCACAUUACAGCAGAGAAGAAAACCAUCACAAGCCAAAGAACACCUGUGGUGGAGGGGAGGGAAUGUGUUAGAGCCAACGUGGCCACCCCCAGUGUAUCCCUCUCUGCAGAACAGUUAAAGUUUGGGAAGCAGCUAAGAACCAUAUGCUCCUCUUUGCUCGAUUGAACCGAACACAUGCCUGCGAUUUUUUUAAAGCUCAGUAAUAAUCCUUUAUGUCCGUUUAAUGCUUGAGAGUUUUAAUGCUUGAAGUUUUAAUGCCAUCUAUCUGCUUUUAUUUAGUUCUUCUGGCCAUCCCUACAGUUGGGUUUAUUGUUCCCAUUGUGUAAAUUAGGAACUUGGGGUUAUAUCUAACUUUGAAUUGGACGAGGUGGGGGUUCCUCCUCUGCAGCUGGAGUCCUAUGGGGGAGCUGGCCAAGGCUCAUGAAACACCACACACAGUGAUGUCUGUUCUUCUGCCCCCCUCCCCCCAUGUCAGGGCUUCCUUCAAGCUCUGGCAUCUACCGUUAGGGCCGGCAGCCCUUGGGCUCCCUUUCUUCUCGGUAAUGCACAUGCCUCUAAACUCACCAUCUUCUUUCUGACCUUCCUCUCUAUCAAUCCUGAGGAAUCUGUUCUCAGGGCUGGGAGCACAGGCUUUCCCUGUUCAAAUAAUCUUCUAUACCUUUUAUCUUCUGCCAAAACACAGCUACCACCGGAAAAACAAAAGGAAGAUCAAUUUCUUUGUUUUCUGGCUUUCUCUAAGUCCUUUGUUUCCCUGGCUCCAGAGGCUCAGGAUAUCUAUGGUUGGGGCCUGGGGGCAGUUGUGGGUCACUCUGCUGAGAAAGCUUCCCUCCUUUCGUGUGUCUUGACCCAGUGGGAAAGGAGGCGGUCCCUCCACCCAACGGACAACUGAGUCCCCAUGAGGAUUUUAGAGGCUGUCCAGGUAACUCAGGUUCCUCUGAGUCCUCUGUACCUCACGUUCUGAGAGAAGGAGGUCCUGAUUUACUUGGAAAUACUGAGUAGAAGCAACAUGAAUGCAGAAAACAGAGUUGCUGUUGUGGUUUUCCAAUCCGAAUGGAUCAUCAGGGUGAAUUCAUAAGUUUCCCACUGUGGGUGCUGAAGCUAAUUCCUGUUGUAAACCCAAGGCUGGGUGUCUAAAAUGUCCUCCAAUCUCAGCGUGCCUGGCUGGUUCAGCGGGAGGAAUGUGCAACCCUUGAUCUCAGGGCUGUGGGUUUAAGCCCCAUGUUGAGUGCAGAGAUCACUAACAAAUAAAUUUUAAAAAUAUCCUCAUAGUCUCUUUCAUCUUAAAAAUAUUCUCCCUUGAUUCCCCAUUUCCUGUCUCUGAAUCAACAAUCCUGAGAUCAUGACCUGAGCCAAAACGGAGAGUCCGACGCUUACCGACAUGAGCCACCCAGGCAUCCCUCAAAAUGACUUUAAUCAGGGUCAUCAUUGACCUUGUCUGUAAAUCAUAAGUCCAAUGCAUAUUUUUCAGUCUUUAUCUUGCCAAGCCUCUUAGUGUUCAACAUUCCCCCUACCCCCUCUUUGCAAUACUCGCCUUGGUCUAUAUGGACACCACACCUGUUUUCCACCUGUCUCUGGCCAUGCUUCCUCAGUCCCCUCUCUCCCACUGCCCUCCGUUCCUCAGGACUCUGUCUUGGCCCCUCCACUCCCCCUGUGCGCUCUUCCUGAGCAAGUCCAUCCAUUCCCAUGGCCUCAGUCUCCACCACCUCCCAAAUCUGUAUCAUUUGUCCAGAAUGUUCUCUGGACCUCCAGAGUUCUGUGCCCAACCUCCUACUCAAGCCCAUGUCCCACAUCUCAAACUCAGUGUGAAUCAAAUUGAAAUCGUCUUCUCCACGAACUCCUCUUCAUCCUGUGUUGCCUCCUAGGGACAGGAAAGGCACCACCAGUGCCACCAGCCAGGGGCUCAAGUCCCAAACCUGGUCAUCACUUUUGACAUGUUCUUCACAUCCUCAUCAGGGAGUUCUGUCAGAUCACUUCCAAAAUAUCUGUCCCACCCACCCUUUCAGUCCUACCCACGGUCACAAGCAUGGUACAAGUCACUCUUCUUUCUCCAAGACGGCUGCAGUAGACUUUGAAUGGACCCUCCUGUUCCUGCUGCCAGAGGGAACUUUCUGAACCCCAAAUUGGUACAUGCCACCCUCCCAUUUAAAACCUUUUGGUGGUUUUCCACUGCCCUCAGGAUGAGGUUCAAAGCAUUAAUGGGGCCUUCGUGCGUAAGGGGUCAACCUCAUCUCUUGCCCUUGGCCCAUCUGCGCUGCUCUCUGCUCAGCUGCCCUGAAUUGUCUUUGAAGCAUCUCAAACUCGCCCAGCUCUCGUCUGCCGCGAGGAUCUGCCACCUGCUGUCUCCUCUUCCUGGGACUCCCCUCUCCACCUUCACAUACCUAACCCCUCAAUUUCGAGUCCCAGCGAAAUGGCACCUCCUCGGUUGACCCUGAGACAGGUUAGCACGCACUUUAGAACACUCCUCACAGGUGUAAUCUGAAUUUACCGCAGCUGUAAAACCGAGUUGAGCAGACUUGCCUGCCUUGUGUGAUCUGUAGCCUCAGGAUGCUCUCGGUUUCUGGCACACAGGAGACCUUUCAUACAUAGUUAUUGAAUAAAUAAAUAAAUGAGAGGCCCCUGAGCCAAACCUGAAGACCAACUAUGAGAUGGAUCCAUGAAGCUGGGACUCCGAGGUUGAUAGCCCCACGGGGGGCCGGCCCUCUGAUGCCGCAACCUUUCCAUUGGGUCGCUUGACACCCGUUCUACCAACAGAUAUUUGUGGGAUCAGCUGGAGCUCCGCGUAGGACACAGAGCGGGCUGGAAAGGAACCUUCCCUAUUGGGAAGGAAUCCCUCCCAAUUAUGACCUAACCCAAGUCAUAAUUAAAAGUUGUAGGUAGUCUGCUGGAAACUAUUAAAAUGAUCUCAGAUGCUUUUCCCUUGGAAAUGAGACACUUCUGGUUUUUUUUUUUUAGGUAUCGAUAUCGCUAGGUUUGUGCACUGGGCUAGGGCAGGUGAGGGCCUGGGCUGCGUUUGCUCUCCAUUCUUUUUUUUUUUUUUUAAGAGCAAAAAGGAACUUGCAUUGGGAGAGGAUGACAAAUAGUUGGGGAAAAGAAAAGUGAGACCCUCCGGGGUGUGGCAGCGGUGGGAUUCGAACCCACGCCAUCGAAAUGACUGGAGCCUAAAUCCAGCGCCUUAGACCACUCGGCCACGCUACCGCCCGUUACGGAAGCUUCCGUGGAAACUAUAUUAGUUUAAUGACGUGGCGCCUCACGCUCCAUAGCCCCGCCCUCUCGGAUUUGCGCAUGCCCAAUACCAGCCUCGCGUUUCCUGCGCGUUAUUAAAGGCGUCUUGAUCGCUGGCUCAUUUCCGUGCCUUGGAACCACCGUCCUUUUUGGAUCGGCAGCAAAAUCUACGGUCGGAACGCCGCCCUAAAAAGGAAAGAAGAGUCCCCAGAUGUUACACACGAAUCUGCAGUUCCCACGUGUGGGCGCCUUGGAUUUGCCGGGUACGUCGUCUGCGGUCUACGGCCACGUGGGGGCGCUGCCGCGCCGUGCGGGGAACCUUGCCCCGCGCAGAUCCCGGUUAGGUCCCCGGCCUGCGGGCUACUCCAGUUCCGCUCUGCACGCCCCGCGUGCCCCCGUGGUUUGGUCCUUGCCACCGCGAGGUGCUCUUCGACUUAUCCAUUUCCUUGCUAAAGGUUUAAGGAAGAUAACAAAGAUAGAGUACAGUAGAGAUACACAGGUGGAUGUGGUAAGCUGAAAUGCCGCCGCCCCCCAAGAUGUCCACAUCCAAGUCCCCAGAACCUGUAUGUUACUUUAUGUGACAAAAGGGACUUUGUUAGUGUAAUAAAGGAUUUUCAGAAGGGGGGAUGAUUCCGGAUUAUCCAGGUGGACCCAGUGUAAUCAAAAGCGUCCUUAGAGGAGAGACGCAGGAAUCCGAGAAGAUUUGAAGACAGAAAGAGAGGUCCCCGUGAUACUGCCACAAGCCAGGGAAUGCCCUAGAAGUUAUAAAAGGUAAGGACACACCUUUUCCCCUAGAGCUUACGAAAAGGAACACAAGUGACUUCUGACUUCCCGAGCUAUAAGAGGGCUGUGUUGUUUUAAUCCACUAAAUUUGUGGAAAAUUGUGAGAGCAGCCAUUGGAAUCCAGUACGGUGGAUAAAGCAGCCCAUGGGCUUGUCAGUCACACAGCCUGAGCCUUGACUAGCAGUGUGACCUUAGGAAAACUACUUCUCCCCAGACCUGUUAUUCAUCCCUGUAAUGGGGAGCUAGUGAUACCCAGGAUUUCCGUGAGAAUCGAACUUAUUCAUUCGCAGAUAUUCCUUGAGCCCCUGCAGGGUGUCAGGCACUCUUCUGGGCACUUGGCUACACCGGAGUGAAGCAGAAGAUUGAACGUGGUCAUGUAUGUCAUGCACUUAAAGACUUCUGGUAUUUAUUUGACUGAGAAAGAGACGAGGAGCAGCAAAGGGAGAGGGAGAAGCAGGACCCCCACUGAGCAGGGGUGUGGGAUUCGAUCCUGGGACCCUGGGAUCGUGACCUGAGCAAAAGGUGGAUGUUUAACCCACUGAGUCACUCAGCAAGUGCCAUGCUAGGUUUGUAAAUGUACGUAUGUGAAUGUGGUGGUGGUGACUCCCAGGGACCUAGGCCCUCCUCCAUGUACCUCGCUGUGCUCACCACCGGAGUUCUUGGCUCGGUGCUCCAGACCACUUGGUGGUAUUAUCCACGUGCAUCUCCCUACCCCUGCCUUCAGAAGGUGCCCUCUCCCAGGACCAGACCGGGAUGUCUGCUAGAAUGUCAUCUCCAGAUACUGUCUUGUUCACUGGAAGCCGUAUCCCCAGGACCUAGAACAGUAUUGGCCACAAAACCCCUCUUCGUACUAGUGGUUUUGUGUGCUUGGUUAAGGCCACUCCAAGUUGCUGUGCGGCCCCAGAUAAACACAGAGACAAACGCUUCUGGCUAGAGCUGCCCAACACGAGAUCUCACAGAAUUUUAGUCUGGAGGUGGCCAAACUGGGGUCUGUUCUUUUGGAGGAUCCCAAAGGAGCCACAAGCAGGAAGCAGAGCCUUAUUUAAGAAUCCCUCCUAAUGACUCAGCAUUCUCCUAUAGUUGGGCAUUCUCCUAUACAGCAUGUGCUGGGGGCAACCUUCCCCCACCCCAAUUCUCUCUCUCUCUCUCUCUCUCUCUCUGAUAACUGAAUUCAAGUGAACAUUAAUCGUACACCCACUCGGCCUGCUCAGGCAAAGAGCAGAUCUUCCGGGAGAAGGAGAGCCGCUUGCAGAGCCGCCCAGAACCCUCAUGCCAAAAAUUCAGUGGAAGGAAGGCCAUGAGCUCAUCUGCUCCACCAAGCAUUUCUCUCCAGGCCUGUCUGGCCCCCAGCGGGCAUGCUGACCCGGCUUCUCUGGUGACUGACGUCUUCAAGGGUGCUGUUUGGGAAAGGGCAGCUUCUGUGCAAAGCCAGCCCCAGCCAGGCAAGGUGGGGAGGCCCCAGAAACCAAAGCAACUGGCCUGUUUCACUUUGUUAAGAGCUCGGGUUUUGACGUGACAUUUAAAGUAACUUUUGCAAAA